GUAGGAAUUACAACUAUCUAGAAAGUUAGAGGAGAGUCAGAACAAAUAUUACGGUUUGGAUGCGAGAAAAAAAAAAGCAGAACUUUGAUUUUGUUAUCUGUUUUACAACGAGCAGUUUCCAGGAAAUGGGCAUUUUCUUGGUCAUUUUUUGUCUCUUGGCACCAACAGGAACAGUAAAGGGAACAAGUACAUCGGAAACAUCCUCCACUGCCACAAGCAAACAGAGCAUGAAAACAAGUAGUGUAUACACCAAAUCAGAAACAGCCACAUCUCCUACAGAGGACAGAGGGCUAUCCAUGUUUUUUACAGUCAGCUCUACGAAGGCUAUUAGCACUUCAGAAACCAUCACGUUAGAAACCACAACAAAAGCAACAUCGGCUUCUACCCCAAAGAGUAUAGGACACUCGACAACUAUCCCAGAGAGCACCAUGCCUGAAUACAUCACAUCUGAAACAGCGAUGGCUCCGACAGAGAGCACUACAGCUUCAGGAAAGAGUAGCAUGAUGACUUAUCCCACUAUGGAAACCACAAGUACCAUUCCAGAGAGCAUAGCAGUCUCCGCAGCAUUCCCAGCAACCACCUUGACUGCGUCCACCACGUCACAAAUUAGCACAUCAGUCCCAGAGACCACAAAGCCCUCCAGCUCUUCCCCAGAGAGCUCCUCAAAUAGUAGUAGUACAACAAAAACCACUACUCAACUUCCAAAGACCAAGGAAUACUUAACUACUUCUGCACAAACCUCCACGUUGGAAACCACUACAACAGCAACAGCCACUUCUCCCCCAGAGACCACAAUGACCUCCAGCUCUAUAAAGACUACUACGUCUUCAGAAACCACUACUCCACAUCCUAUCACCACAAAACACUUAACUAUUUCUCCAGAGGCCACCACACCUGUAUCUGUCACGUCAGAAGCAGCCAGCUCUCCAAUGAGUUCAGUGCCUUCUACGGUAUCAGCAAAGGCCCAAGUAACUUCUUCCAUUUCGAAAACCACAACACCAACUCCAGAGGGCACAGUGUCCUCUACAGGUUUUUCAGAGACUAGCAUGACUCCGACGAGUCCACCAAUGACCACCGCUUCUGCUUCGUCAGAAGUGACAUCUAAAACUCCCACAAGCAGUUCCAGACAUCUUUCCACCCCUGAGCAAAUGUCAGCUCUUCCUCCCACCACCAAACCUCCAGUGGCAACUGAAUGCUUUACAGUCAACUUCACUGCAACCAAUUUGAUCUAUAGGCCACAGAUGGCUGAUCCCACAUCAAAGGUUUUCAGCUCAACACAACGAUCCUUCGUUAAUUUGCUGGGACAGAUAUUGAAGACCAGCAAGAUUGGUCCUGAUUUCAUCAGCUGUAGUUUAUCAACAUUAAGACCCGUGAAUCAGGGCAAGAACACCGGCAUAGACAGUGUCUGCUGCUACCGUAAAAAUGCCACCGCUCCACCUUUUGAUCGAGUGAACAUAUAUCAUAAAUUCAUAAAUGAGACCAAUGGUUUCACCAAGCUGGAGAGGUACAACCUGGACCCAAACAGCCUUUUUGUAAAUGAUUAUCAUGAAGAAUCACCUCAGACCACUGUUUCUCCCACUUCCAAACCUCCAGUGGCAACUGAAUGCUUUAUACUCAACUUCACUACAAACAAUUUGAUCUAUAGGCCACAGAUGAGUAAUCCCAAGUCAAAGUUGUUCAGUUCAGCACAAGCAAUCUACGCUAAAUUGCUGGGACAGAUAUUGAAGACCAGCAAGAUUGGUCCUGAUUUCAUCAACUGUAGUUUAUCAAAAUUAAGAUCUGUGAAUCAGGGCAAGAACACCGGAAUAGACAGUGUCUGCUGUUACCAUAAAAAAGCCACAGCUCCAACUUUUGAUCGAGUGAACAUAUAUCAUAAAUUCAUAAACGAGACCAAUGGUUUUACCAAGAUGGAGAGGUACAGCUUGGACCCAAACAGCCUUUUUGUUAAUGAUUAUCAUGAAGCAGCACUUCAGACCACUGUUUCUCCCACUUCCAAACCUCCAGUGGCAACUGAAUGCUUUACACUCAACUUCAUUACAAAUAAUUUGAUCUACAGGCCACAGAUGGGCAACCCCAAGUCAAAGCUGUUCAGUUCAGCAGAAGGAAUCUUCUGUAAAUUGCUGGGACAGAUAUUGAAGACCAGCAACAUUGGACCUGAUUUGAUCAACUGUAGUUUAUCAACACUAAGACCUGUGAAUCAGGGCAAGAACACUGGAGUAGACAGUGUCUGCUGCUACCGUAAAAAUACCACAUCUCCACCUUUUGAUCGAGUGAAUAUAUAUCACAUAUUCAUAAAUAAGACCAAUGGUUUCACCAAGCUGGAGAGAUACAACUUGGACCCAAACAGCCUUUUUGUUAAUGAUUAUCAUGAAGCAUCACCUCAGACCACUGUUUCUCCCACUUCCAAACCUCCAGUGGCAACUGAAUGCUUUACACUCAACUUCACUACAAACAAUUUGAUCUAUAGGCCACAGAUGAGUAAUCCCAAGUCAAAGUUGUUCAGUUCAGCACAAGCAAUCUACGCUAAAUUGCUGGGACAAAUAUUGAGCACCAGCAAGAUUGGUCCUGAUUUGAUCAACUGUACUUUAUCAACAGUAAGACCCGUGAAUCAGGGCAAGAACACCGGCAUAGACAGUGUCUGCUGCUACCGUAAAAAUGCCACAGCUCCACCUUUUGAUCGAGUGAACAUAUAUCACAAAUUCAUAAAUGAGACCAAUGGUUUCACCAAGAUGGGGAGGUACAGCUUGGACCCAAACAGCCUUUUUGUUAAUGAUUAUCAUGAAGCAUCACCUCAGACCACUCUUCCUCCUACCUCCAAACCUCCAGUGGCAACUGAAUGCUUUACAGUCAACUUCACUGCAACCAAUUUGAUCUAUAGGCCACAGAUGGCUGAUCCCACAUCAAGGGUUUUCAGCUCAACACAACGAUCCUUCGUUAAUUUGCUAAGAGAUAUAUUGAAAAACAGUGACAUUGGACCUGAUUUGAUCAACUGUAGUUUAUCAACAUUAAGAUCUGUAAAUCAGAAGAGGUACACUGAAGUAGACAGUGUGUGCUGCUAUCGUAAAGCUGCUACAGCCCCCACUUUCGAUCCAAUCAAUAUAUAUCAGAAAUUCGUAGAUGAAACCAACCAUUUCACCAAGAUGGGACGGUACAAUCUGGAUCCAAACAGCCUUUUUGUUAAUGGAUAUUCACCAUCUACAACUGAUUCAGCUCCAGAUCUAGUAGGCUAUGAGCUUGGUUUCAAAAUUAUCAACAAGAACUUGACCAAUACAAAUCCGUUAUCACCAGAAUAUAAGCAAUUGAUGGGUUCCAUCAGUAAUGAGUUGAAUCAACUCUUCCAACAGAGCUUCAUCAGCGAUGGAUUCAAAAUUUGUGCUGUAACUAAAUUAAGAAUUGGUUCCAUCAUAGUUGAUUGCAAGUGUUACUUCCAUCCUGCAGGGAAUAACAGCAAAGACACCAUCAAAAAUGUUUUUCAACAAGAGACCCAGAAUGCCACUUCUCAGUGGCUGGGUAGCAGGUUCCAAAUCAUGGGUUUCACCAUUGAAGCAGUAACUGAUAAGCCCCCACACAUGCUAAAGGUGAAGAACUUCACUGUAAAUUUCACCAUUAUCAACUUGCCAUACAAGAACAUGAAGAAUCCAAAGUCAGAGGUUUAUCAGAAAACCAAAGCGAGCAUCAAGGAUGAGCUCAACCACCUGUAUCAACGCAGUGAUGUGAACAAGAGUUUUCUGGGCUGUUCAGUGAAAAACUUGAGACCCACUAGCAAUGAAACUCAAAUUGGUGUCAGUUCUAUCUGCGCAUUUGCAGUGGAGUUUGGUUCAAGGACUUUUGACAAAGACCUUGUGUAUGAUAUAUUUAAAAACCUGACUCAGAAUGCCACCCUAAUGGGGAAAUACAGCCUGGACAAUAACAGCAUAAAUAUUAAUGUGUUUCCUUCAACCAUGACAACAGGACCAUCUAAACAAGAGCUCCCUUAUUGGGCCAUCAUCCUCAUAUGCUUCUCCGUCUUACUGGGUUCCAUCUUUUUCUUCCUUCUAUGUGUCUUGACUGCUGUGUGGGUGAAGAGGAGAGCAGGCAAGUACCAGAUCCAAAGGAAUAUUUUUGGCCUCUAUUUCCCAUGCAUGGACAUGCAAAAAUCAUAGUGAUGUAGAUUUUGGAAACUUGGCUCCUUCCCUGCAAGAAGACCCUUUUUGCAGAGUUCAAUCUUGCACAUAUUGUGCAACAAAAAUGUGUUUACCAUAGUUGGAAUGAAUGUCUUGAUGAAGAAAAGAUACUGCAUAUUCUGUGGAAGACCACCAGAUUGAUAGACUGAUGGGGUACCCUGUCAUAUUAUUUAUUAUGUGUUGUGAAACUAGGAGUAGCUUUUCAAAUAUCUAUAAAAACUACAGAUUAGAUUAUUUAAGUGCCAAAAAAAGAGAGAUUCUGCCUGGAGCAUGGAUCAGUAUUAAACAAUUUGCAUUCUUUUGAGACUGCAAAGCAUCAAUGAAUUCUAUUGCACAUUAAAAAAAUGUAAAAAGAAAAUAUAUACUGAGCUGCAAUUAUGUCAUACUGUACUGUAGUAUACUAUACUGUAAUAUCUGUUUUCAAAAUAAUGUAACUUGGGUAGAAAUGAUUUUCAAUCCUUUUUUAGAUAUAUCAAAUGUUCCUCAUUUUUUACAAAUCAAUAAACAUUAGCAAGAAAAUGAAAAACAAAAUGAAACCUAAACUUCUACCAAGAAUUUAAAAUAACCUUUUUUUAAAAGAAAGUCAUGGUAUAUAUGACUAUGAACUCAAGUCUUAGAAUACUGUGUACAAGAAAAAUAUAAGUAUGAAGAAAUCAGCUUUAGUCAGAAGUGGCAUAAUUCUUUCUGCAUUAAUUUUCUGGUUAUACAGUAUAUAGCUAAAAUUUAGUUGCCACCAUCCCAAAAUGAUAUCAAACUUAUCUUUCUCUUUUCAAUUCUUUUUCUAGCAUCAAAGUACCUUAGAUGUGUGGGGAUACAAUUACAGUAUUUUUU